CAGUACAGAGGCGCUACAUAGCAAGAGGAACAGCCCGUAAUACCCUAGGGAUAAUUGUCUACAGAGUCGAAUAGGUCCGAACCGCAAAAAGUCAUCACAGGGAGAAAAAGCAGGGACGACACACCACCUUCUUCCACAGGACACACCGCACUCUUUGGAUCAGAACAAACAGCAGCGGGGAUCCAUCAUGGGGGACAUGGGGAUGGGGAUGGGCCCUGAGAUGGGCGGAGGAGGAGGUGGGGAAGAAGAGGAUGAGAGACAAUUCUACUCCUCCGAGAACAUUGCCCACAACAAGAAGGUGCUGGAGUACUGCCGGACAUCGCUGUGCGCCGUCGGGGGGAUCGUGUCCGGGAUCUUGGGGUUGACUGGACUGGUCGGGUUAUUCUCCUACCUUAUCCUUUACCUUGUCGUUUCUUUGAGCUUGGUGGUGAAAAUGGGCACCACGGACGUGUCUCUGUAUACGGCAGGGAAGGGGAAGCUAGCGAUGUUCGCCUUCGGAGGGGUGGGCAACUACGCGUUGACGUACAUCCUCUUCUGGACACUGGCGUACACGUUGGUCUACAUCUACUAGCGCGCGCGCUCGUGCGACGGUGGCACAUAUUUGUGUUGUUCAGCGGGUGGCGGUGUGGGGCAAGGGUGUCGGGGUGUAAAAUACAAGGGUGGGUGUAUGUGUUGACAACGCAAGCAAACCACUUGGUCCGAGUGCUUUGUUUGUGGAGCGCUUUCAUCGGUGUGAGAUGAGGAUGCUUCCCGGUUUUGCUUUGUGCUAUGCCGGCUAGGGCCGCUUUGAAGUACGAAAGCCGGCAGGCUUCGUGCUCCGGUCCGUCGUUCGUCGAGUAAUUUCAUUUCGGUCAGCGUGACACGGAUUGGACCAGACUGGCCACAGAGAUUUUGAGAUUCGGCUAUGUGGAAGCUCAUAUCCAAUGGACUGGCUGAGCGAGACCAUUCACCGCCACCAUGCCCAUGCCGCUCUUGCCCGCAGGAGUGAACAAUGCAAUUAUUCCCAUGCGCCUUAUCGUCACAGCCACCAAGUAUUUUACCGGGCGCUUGUCAUUCCAUGAGAACGAGCGCCAAUGUCUAGACUACCUGACGUGCGGUAACACCUAAGCCGAGUGUUCGCUGAUACACCAUGCUUGAGUCGAGGCUUUGCUGAUGAAUGUGUUUCAGCUGCGGAGUCUCCUCUCAGUCAUCGGGUCGUUCUUGG